AUGUUCGCAUUCAUCAUACUUGCAUUGUACUUUUCUUGCAUUCAUGCACAGCAUUUCUACGGCGUCGAUUAUGGUGUAGAUCCUAUAACAUGUCCAACGUUGGAAGAUAUGACCAAUGACUUUGCCAUAUUGCAUCAAUACACCGAUCGUAUUCGUAUCUUUGGUGCUGACUUAUGCAACCAAGCUGAGUUGGCAUUACAGGCCACACAAUCCUUGGGCAUGCGACUCUAUCUUGGUAUUUGGAUUGAUGAGCAUCCAGAGACGUUCGAUAAAGAAUUCGCCAGCUUGCAACGAGCUAUCGAGCACCACAAUCUGGACAAUGUGGAUGGCAUCAUUGUUGGCUCAGAAGUGCUUUAUCGUGAAGAUCAAAGUCUAGGUUACCUUAUUGAUCGUAUUCGCCGUGUGAGGAACGCAAUGCAAGGAUACAAUAUACCCAUUACUUCGGCGGAUACUUUCAACAAAAUCACACCUGAGCUUGCCAAUGAGAUUGAUUUUGUCAUGAUCAAUGUAUUUCCAUAUUGGGAGGGUGUAUCCAUUGACAAUGCCGCCAAUACAGUCCUGGAUCAUUAUCAUGAAGCAGUGAAUAAAGCCAGUGGAAAGGUUGUCAGGAUAUCCGAAACAGGAUGGCCUACUGCAGGAGCCAAUUACAUGGAAUCAGUGCCAUCUCCUGAGAACCAACAAAGGUAUAUGCGAGAGAUCUUGUGUCGUACACAACAAGCAGGGAUCGACAUGUUGUGGUUUUCAGCCAUUGAUGAGCCAUACAAGAAUGAUGUGGAAGGACAUUUUGGAUUUUUACAUGCCCAAGAUCGUACCCUCAAGCCUGCUUUACGCAUUCAGCAACAAGAUUGGAACGGACCAUGCUGA